AUGCGAGUGGUCAUGCUUUUUAUUCUUCUUUGCAUCAAGCUCGGGUUCCCCGAAUUCUUCAAGUUCUACGAGUUUCUCAAGAACCGCUUUCAACCUUUCCGCCGCACUCCCAAGCGCAAGAGAAGACCAAGACUGUUCGCUUCGCUGAGCCGAAAAAGAACGUCCGCGUCGUCUACCAAGCAUUCUCGCGAUAUUUCUAAACCCAAAGACCUGCUCCUACGCUCCUUAGGGACGACAACUCAAGGUUUCACCUCUUCGUCAACAAUGAGAUUCUACAAUCGCACCGCGGAGCUCGAGUACUACCGCAACGGCAUGCGUAACAACCCACCCACCGAUACCGAGAUGUGGGCUUCUUUGUUCAUUGUAUGCUCCUUCAUCAGCGUCAUCAUCGUCUGCAUCAUGUUACCGCAUGGAACCUGGUUCCAGUGCGUCUCUGGAGCAAUCUUGCUCUAUCUCUUCUGCCAGGUUGUGGUUAGCUAUGUUGACUGCGAGUAA